AAAGAAACAUUUGGGAACGAUCGACAAAUCAGAUUCCCACGAGGACUUCAGCCAAUUUUGGGAAAGCCCAGAAGUCAUUAACCUAGAAGAAAAGAAUCACGAAGAACAGUAUCAGCAAAAUCAACUGUCUAUAAUUGAAGGGAAGAUUCCUCAAUAUAGAGGAUUUGAGUCACGAACAGGCAUAGAAGCAGGCGAGCUUCAAUAUGAUAGAAUUGAUCUUAGGAAAUCUGAACUUGAGAGAGGAUGUUUCGAGGAA